CCCUGGCGGAGGAUAUUUCCAGCUGGCCCAUGCCAGCACGUAUCCCAAAUAUCAGGAGCAUUAACAGGCCACAUCCCGAAACGCAGUUGCGAUCUGCGCCGAGAGCUCGGAUAUAGGAGGAGGAAAAGCGGGGAUGGUCAAGAAAGAUUCGGCGUACAAGUAGAUCAUCAGCCCUGAUGUCUUGUGCCAUGCGGGUUUCUUGACGGACGACAUUGUUUCCUGGGUUCAUUCCUCUCUUGGCAUCACCCUAUUCACUCGUUCAAGCCACAUUCGCUACCAUGCAGAUCCGUCGCCUGGCGGCUUUGGCGUUCGCCUCUUCAACGCUUGCGCAGACUUACACAGACUGCAACCCGACAAAUGAAACAUGUCCCUCAGAUACCGGUCUGAACCUGAGCACCUACUCCGUCGAUUUCACCCAAGGCGCCAGCGAUGACUGGAACAUGACCUACGGCAGCGUAAGCUACGACUCGAGCGGCGCCGCCUUUACUAUCACCGAGUCGGGCGACGCCCCCACCAUGCAAUCCAACUGGUACAUCUUCUUCGGCGUGAUCACAGUCCUCAUGCGCGCCGCCCCGGGCACCGGCAUCGUCAGCUGCGCGAUCCUCGAGUCGGACGACCUGGAUGAGAUCGACUGGGAGUGGCUUGGCGGGUCGGUAGACGAGGUCGAGACCAACUAUUUCGGCAAGGGCAACACGACGAGCUACGACCGCGCUACUUACGUCGACGUGACCGACUCCCAGGACACGACGCACAACUAUACCAUUGAGUGGACCUCCGCUGCGACGACGUGGUACAUUGACGGGACUGCCGUGCGCACGCUCGCGUACGCCGAUGCAUUGGAAGGGGAGAAUUACCCGCAGACGCCGAUGCGGGUGAAGCUGGGCCUCUGGGCUGGCGGUGACAGCACUCAGAAUGCGGGCACGAUCGAAUGGGCGGGUGGUGAGACGGAUUACGAUGAUGGUCCGUUCACCAUGUAUGUUGAGAAGAUUGAGAUCACCAACUACAACCCUGGCUCUACUUAUACGUACGGCGACAAGACGGGCGCCUACUCGAGCAUUGAAGUUGACAGCUCGGAUGCCACUAACUCGACGAGUUCUACGUAUGCGUCCAGUAACAAUGGGACCGACAUUUCGUCAUCGUCCAACUCGACUUCUUCUGGCAACUCCUCGACUUCUUCUAGCAGCUCCUCGACUACGGGUACUUCUGGUGCGAGUAUUACGGUAGCCGGCUCGAUCAUGUUACGGGUGGUUGUGGCAUUAGCCUCGUCCAGAGUUUCAUGA